AUGUAUCCUUUCAAUAAGGCUGCAUCUUUAACGGUGGACGAUGAAACUCCUGUAGAAAGUACGAAUAUGGCAAUUAAUGGACAUUAUAACCAUCGUCAGAAUGGAAAUAGUCAGCAGAGAAGCAUUGUCAACAACAUACUGAGCAUGUCACUAUUAGAUGACAAAUGGGUAUCGGAAUUGGGAUCGGAUCCGAAAAAGCGUCCAAGGCAAUGCUCAUGGAGGGGUGUUACUUGUGUAUCUCGAUAUCUUAGACACAUUUUAAUGUUUUUACAACUAAUUGCCUUAUUUCCGGGUUUGAGACGAGCUCGUCAGAACGGAAAACGAUCUAAAAAGAGAAUAAUUAAAUAUUUCAUGUUAUUCUUCUAUUCGGUGACAGCAGUUCUAUUCAAUACAUAUCUUUUACAUAAAAAUAUUUGGCUCAUUCAAGCUUACAAGAAAAGCUUUGGUCUUAUGCAUGCUUCAACAGUCUCAUGUAUCAUUACGGGAAUCAAGCCAAUGAUUAAUGCUUUCAUCAUUACAUUAUUUACAUGGAAGAUGCGAGAACAUAUUCGACUAUUGAAGACGUUAGAUGCAGUUGAUGUAUGCUUUCGAAGUGCUUUUCAUCUCUCACCACCAAUAGCUUUAUAUAAAUGUGUAUUCUUCUUUAUCACAUCAAUAGCCUUCAUGAUUCCAUUCUCAUUUCGGAUAAUUGAGUUUUUUGUAACAAAACAAAGCUUAGGAACGGGUCUCAUUCAGGAUAUGGCUUUCAUUAUAGUCCCUCUACUAACUGUAUGGAAUGUUAUUCCAUUAUUAUAUUAUGAUUUAUUUAAUAGAAUUGUUCGUUUUUACUGUCAAAUUCUUAUCAAAUCCCUCAAUAAGGAGCAUCAGAAACGUCAUUUCUCUCUCAAAUUCUAUUAUGAACAGUUUCUGCGGAUAACAAACGUUCAAGAGGCCAUUGGUAAUGUGUUUAAUCCGUUUGUUCUUUUCUCACUAGCAUGGUCUAUGCUCGUCUUAUGUCUGACCAUAUACUUCAUGACCCAGCCACAUUCGAGUUUAUUGGAACCCAUUACUCCAGAACAAAUGAAAAACCCAGAUUCGAGAUUUCUCUUAACCCGAAGUGUUCAUUUCACCAUAUGUUGGGCAGCAAUUCAAGUUGUAGUAGCUGUUCUUCAUAUUUCAUUAAUUUGCUCAACUGGAAUGGCUACAAAUGAAACGACAAGACAGAUUGUCAAUGCCGUUCUUCGUAUUGUACCCGAUGCAAAUGCAGAUUUAGAUCGUUUCCAGAUAUCAUGCUUCGUUCAUAAGAUGUCAACACAAUUCAUGUGGGGCAUGACGGUCUGGAGAGCAUUUCCACUUGAACGUACAACGUUCUUUACCCUUGUUUCUGUCAUUGUUACAUACUCAUUCCUGCUGCUUAAACUGAAAGAAAAUCCAGCCGUAAUGCCCAUAACACGAGCUUUCAUAUUCCACAAUGUGACAUAUAACUCAACAGUUGCAUAA